CCCCUAAAAAAAUUUCCUUACAAGAAUAAUACAAAUCCAUACAAAAACAAUGGGGUUUCUAGCCCUUCUGGCUUAAACCCCUAAUAAUAAUAAAAAUCCUUAGAAAAACAAUAGGGUUUCUAGCCCUCCGGGCAGAAUAUCGCAGAAUGAAAUUGGAAUUAAGUAAAAAUAGAGGUGGAAUGGAACCAGAAUAGAUUGGGAAUGGAGUUUCACUAUGAUGAGAGUCUAACAUUAGCAGCUAACACACACACACACACACGCGCUCCCUUUACAGUUGAUGUAAAACACAUCACGCACUCCGCUCGUUCACCUGUACAAACACACUUUAUCGUAGGAUCUGGGUAGAUUUUAUUAGAUUUUUUGUCACUAAACUUGGUGAAGAUGAUCAAGCUUUUCUCGCUGAAACAGCAGAAGAAGGACGAGGAGUCUGCCGGAGGAACGCGAGCGGGAGUCGGCGGAAAGAAAGCGAGCGCGGCCCAACUGCGGAUACAGAAGGAUAUCAACGAGCUAAACCUUCCAAAGACCUGUGAGAUUGUUUUUCCUGACCAGGAUGAUCUACUCAACUUCAGACUAAUCAUCUCACCAGACGAGGGUUUCUACAAAGGAGGGAAGUUUGUCUUCAGUUUUAAGGUAGGACAGGGGUACCCCCACGACCCUCCAAAAGUCAAAUGUGAAACAAUGGUCUAUCACCCCAAUAUUGACCUGGAAGGAAACGUCUGUCUAAAUAUUUUGAGAGAAGACUGGAAGCCAGUGUUGACUAUAAACUCCAUCAUAUAUGGACUACAGUAUCUGUUCCUUGAGCCAAAUCCUGAAGAUCCACUGAACAAAGAGGCAGCAGAGGUGCUGCAGACAAACCGACGGCUUUUCGAGCAGAACGUCCAGCGGUCACUGAGGGGCGGCUACGUGGGUGCCACCUACUUUGAGCGUUGUCUGAAAUAGUCCCAAGCCCACUGGCCCUUACAUCCCAGAAUGCAUUUAUCGUUUACAUGCGCAGAGACAUGAUUGACACACUGACCAGAGAGUGACAGGGGGAGGGGCUUCCUGAAGGAGACGGGGCUUUCUCAUGGGACGGGCUCAGAAGGAGGGUGGGUUAUAAAGGAAUAGGCUUUGAAAGGCUGGUCAGUGAUUGUUGUUCUGAGAAUUCAGUCGUAUUUGCCACUAUGCUGGUACCCACUGUUUAUUUUUGCUGAGAUUCACAUGCUAACUUAUCCUCCACUCACAGACAAGAACCAAGAGAGAGACAGAGAGAUGUUCAAAUCAUUACAUUUCUCUUGUGUUCCAUUAUGAAGGCUUGAGGACUGAUUUUGUUUGGGCUUCAGUAACAGGAAACCUGCCUUGCAUCACACAUCAACUACUUUAAAUAGUCACUAAUUUCGGUGUUUGAAAAAGGACUUGUAUAGCAUUGCAUUUGACCAAUUCCGAUAACGUUGACUGACUGAUGUUGACCUUACUGGCUUAGAAACCGGCUCAUAUCAAUAUGCAAAUUGGGCUGUUGUGAGUUUGGGAGACCUUAAUAUGUUUUGCUAUAGUUUUCAUGUUUGGGAAUGGGUGGGAAAGGAUUUUCAUGAAGAGGGAUGGCUUAGGGUUAGGAUUGGUUGAGUAAAAUGUUACAAUUCUGUUGUGUAAAUUAAAAUCCCAGCUGUUCACAAUGACUGCAAUAUGAAUUGUUAAAUAAAUAUUGAGUUGAAUGCCUACAUUUUAAGAUUAGUGUAAAAAAACAGCACAUUGUGUUUAAAAUCAAUAAAAUGUUUUAUCUGACAUAUACAAUUAUGAAUUGAACAAUGUGCAACAGCAUCAAAAAUGCUUGGGCUCUCAGAGUAUGAUGAAUUUUAUAGAUUAUCUGAUGUUUUGGUAAUUAACUUUAACGUAACAAAGAACAAGAACAUUGAGGGUUAAAAAUCCAUAUGUUAUGGAAUAGUUUUAACUAGGGAUGUACCGAUACCAUUUUUUUGGAAAAUGAGUAUGAGUACAAAUACUUCCUUUUCAGUACUCACCGAUACUGAUACAAUUUGUUUUUUCUAAUGUUAGUUUUCAAAAAAAAAAAAAAAAAAAAAACAUGUAUAAAAUAAGAAAAAUCAAUAUAAAAUAAUAACUGUAAAGAAAAGAUGAACUGUUAACUUUAUUGGUUUCAGCUAUUGUAACUCAAAAAGAUGUAAAGGCUAUCUAAGAAUUAUUUAGCAUAUUUAAGGGGAAGAUUCUUUUUCAUGACUAGAAUUAUCUCUGUAUGUUAACAAGUAUGGCCCUAUGAAAUCCAUUUUAUUUUAUUAUUUUACAAUUUAUUUUUAUUUCACAAGUUCCAUAUUUAACAGUAUAAUUCAAUGUUAUCAUUAAAGGGUGUCUAAACAAAUUAAAACUUUCAUUAAAUGAAAAUAGAGCAAUUAUCAGUAAUGUUUAACACACCAUUGCAUUAUUUUAUUAUAUGAAGUGUUUUUAUUUUUCUUACAGAUAAUACAACAAAAAUACAACUGUCAAAUAAAGAGCUGCACAACAGAGCAUCACAUAUGUGAAGUGUUGCUUAAUAUAAUACAACUAUUAUUUUAUUAUUACAGUAAAUAAUACAUAACUAUAGAGUAGUGAUAUAUUUCUGUCAUAUUUUUGUCUAUUUAAAUGGAACUCUUAUAUUGCUUGAACUUUUGGGAAAUUAUGUUUGUCAUCUCAAGCCUAAAUAUCAGGGUCUUAACCAUCAUAGACUUUGGGGGACACGUUUUCAGAUUUUUGGUCAGCAAAUGUGGGUUUUUCAAUUAAACUCUUACUCCAGAUCUUUAAAAGGUGGU